AUGCGUUCUGCGGCCCAUCAUCCUGAGCAGUAUUUCACGGGUGAGCUCAUAUUCCGACCGGGCUACGCAUCGUCGUUGACGCCUGUCGUUUUACGACUGUUCACGAUUUGUGUAAUGGCAACAAGAAGUCGAAGAAACACAGCAGGUAAUGAUUCUCUGAACCCAGCAAUGAUACAAUUAUAUGAUACAGGGAGAUUACGUCGAGAAUUGAAACAGAGAGGGCUUGAUGCGACAGGCACCAGGAAUGUACUUGCCGAUAGACUGCAGGAAGCAGUUCUUUCGGAACGUAACAGUCGACAGACAUAUUCUCCGUCACCGCAACCAGAAAAACCUACAAAAAGGGGAACAAGGAGAUCUUUGAAGGGGGAUGAAGAAAAUGAAAAUGAGACUGGAUUGGACUCAGAGUCUAUUGUCUCUCCAAAAAUAAAAAAAAGUCGACAUAACGAAGAAGUUGAUGAGAUUAAUUUGAUAGAAGAAUCGUUUUCUAUCGAACUUUCGAAUAUAUCCUCAAUUGAUGAAGUACAGAUGGAAGCAGAAAAGGCUUUUUCACCACAGUGCAUGUCCAGUACUACCACACUUCAAGAAGAGCCAUUUCAUGUGGUAGAAAUUGAAAGAUCUCUAAUACCGAACGCUGAAACAAAUUCUAAAUUGAAAUUGAUUCCGUGUGAACCGGAAAAGUUGACAUAUAUAGAUGAAAGCAAACAUCAGGAACUAAAGCACGAAAAAAAGGUAAAUGAAAAAGCGAUAGCUGAAGGGGAACUAACUAGUUCCAGUGAUGAUGAAGAAUUAAGAUGGCUUUAUAAAAUAAGAAGAGGAAAGAAAUCUCGGAAAGUUUUACUUGAAAAAAGACAUGCAUUUAUUGACGGUAUCAGCAGAAACGAAAAUGAAAGAGAUGAAACUGAAGAAAUUUCGACAGUAAAGCUGAUUUCCGAGGAGGGUCAAAUAAGUGAAAAAGAAGAUGGGCGAUGUGGUCGAGAACGGAGUUCAAAAUCAUCUUCCACAGAAUCAUCAAAACUAGUAAGCGCCAAUGUGAAUGAAAAACCAGCUAAAGCGUUGAUUCAAAAGAGUUCAAUUAAAAUCAAAUUUAAAACUAAUCUUUUAAAAACCACGAUUGAAAGGACAUCAGAGUUAAAACGAAAGGAAGCACCAUCUGACUCCCCUGGAUUAAUCACAAAAGACGGAAAAAUGCAUUCUGAUGCAACGCUGGUUACUACUGCACAAAUGGAAAAAGCGAAACGUGCAUUCACUCCACCAUUGUCAUUACCAAAUGUUGAAAAAUCGAAAGACCAAAUUUCUCGCAAAAAGAUCCCGUUAAGGAUGCAAGCUCCUGUUGAUGUACUGGAUUCUAUUUUCGACAAACAGGCUCAGCUUUUGUCAAGCAAAUAUAAGACAGAACAGGAAAGAGCUUUUGAAAGACAGAAACUGGAAAUGGAAAAACGGCGGCAAAACGUAAUUCCUCAAAUUUCUUUAUUAUCCUCUACAUCCUCUGCAGGACAAGAGAAGCGCAGACAUGUCGACUUUGUCCUUCCUUCAAAAUCGGCACUAGAGCAAGGUGUCGUACAGCAACAUUCGACUUGGCCAUUAGCACCACAUCUUCGCUCUCAUCUUUCCCCAUCAUCGCGUCAUGUUCGAGAAAAUGUUAGCAUGGAUGAAAAACGCUUGCUAGCGCAACUACCACCACCUCCACCGCCACCACCGUUUCUGUCUUGCUCUAAAAAAGCACCCAUGCCAUCCACAUCAAGUAAGGAUUUCGAUAACGCAUCAGCAAUGGAAUAUUCGGAAAGUGAGAAUGUUGAGGGAAACAUAGUAUCACUGAUGACUCCAACUACUCCAUGUUCAAGCAAUUCUCCAUCAUCCAUCAGGACUCCUCCAUCAAUUCCUUGUUAUAGAAGCCCGUCGGAAACCUCAACUGAACUUUUGCAUUCCAUUGAGGCGUCUACUUCAAAUGCUUCAGUUACGAAAAUUGAUUCGGAACGAAUAAAAGAAAUGGCUUCCGCUUUGCAAGCCGUAUUUGCCCGUUUAGGUAAUGUCCCACCACCUCCAGUUGCUCCUCAACUUGAUGUAAAUGAAAAUGAUGCAGUAGGAGAGAUGAGCAUAUUUAUGAUCUCGCAUCCUGCUACACUGGAGGGAAAUCCCACAAUUCCUAGUGCCGAAAAGCAUAUGACCAAUGAACCAAGAAAAAUCGGAGGUGGAUCAGGGCAUACAAACAUGGUGUCUGGAAAUUCAAUGAUUUGUGAUACUGAGCAUGAACCAGCAUAUUCGGCAGCCGUUACAGGGGGAACAUCUUCAACAUCAAACAAUUUGCUUCAGGAAAGCGGCACUUUAACUCCGCUGCCGACAGUGUUGGCUCUAAGUGAUACGACUCAUUUCGUUGAGAAACCUUUGAAGAAUCCAAAUCAUACAGUGCUUUUCCUUCAGUUUACGCCUUGUUUGCCAACGAAAAUUGAUAAUGAUUUCGAAGGGGAGGUCGUUGCGUCCAUCGUUGAAGAAAUCAUAUGUGCCACGGUGAACAGUGAUUUUUCGAUAUCCAACAAUCACACUGGAGAUAGGAAUAAAAAAGUGUCAACCGGAAUUAGGGAAAGAGAAGAGCUGGAGAGAAAACCAGAUAUAUCGGAGGAUUUGUUGCGAGAUCCAAGGCGCUUACUGCAGAAAGCAAGUGAUGUGCUAAAAAAUUUGCAAUCGCUGGAAAUAGCAGCUGAGCAAGCGUCUGCAGAAAAACAAAAUCAGCAGCAAUAUGAACAGUUACCUUUGGACGAAAAGUAUGAAGAAGAUGAUAAUGAAGACAAACCGUUGCCUGAUUUCCACGGUGAACCGGUGCCUGAUUCAGAUGAUGAGAUUAUAAUCGAAGGUGUAGCUCGGAGAAGAACUACGAAAAAGAAUACAGUACAGGAAGAGGAACCGGUACCCGGCGAUGAACUAGUUGAAGUUGACUUCUACAAUGCCGAUUUGAAUGUUAAAGCAAGUGAGACCUGUCAAGAAAUCAUCGAUCCAGACAACGGAGAUGGAUUUGCUUUGAUGUGGGGCGGAGCUAGGUCGACAUAUGGCAUUCGAAUUCCUCCAGAUGUUGCUGAUUUUCCUACUGUUAUGUUUCAAAUUAAGCUGUUGGACUGUUUGCCAAUUAAGCAUCUACCAUUUGAAGAGAUAGAUGCCCAUAAUGUUCGCGUUGGAUGGUCGACUCAGAAUUCUACAAAUAUUCUAGGAGAAGCGCCCCAUUCUUAUGCAUACGAUUUAUUGGCAAAGAAAGCUACGAAUAAUUUUUUUACUGAUUACGGUGAGCCUUGUCAAGUUGGCGACGUUGUAACUUCAUGCUUGGAUUUGGCAUCAGGUAAAAUACAUUUCUGGAAAAAUGUAGAAUAUUUGGGAGUGGCUUUUUCCGAAGUCAAUUUCAGCGAAAGCGACGUUGUUUUUCCCCACAUCUGUACUAAGAAUUACAAACUCUCGGUUAACUACGGUGACAGCCAGUGUGAAGGAUGGAUGUCAGUCACCGAACUACAGAAAAGUGGAGCAUUAAAUACUGGAACCCCACCCAUUUAUUUCAGCAAAUUAGACCGAACACUACUUGUUCGUGGUUCAAUACCACCAUCAAGCAAAAGUGAAUGCACGGUUCUGAUGAUGGUAGGCUUGCCAGGAGUUGGCAAAACAACAUGGGUGAGACAAUAUCUCCGUGAGCAUCCACAAGAACAGUGGACUUUAUUGAGUACUGACACAAUACUUGCAGCAAUGAAAGUAAAUGGAGUACCAAGGAGUAGAGUACAUCAGGGUCGAUGGGAUAUGAUAAUGGGACUUAUUGCUAAAGCACUCAAUCGUUCGUUACAUUUAGCCUGUAGAAGGCGUAGAAAUUAUAUCAUUGACCAAACUAACGUCUCAAAAGAAGCAAGAAGGCGAAAGCUUUCUCAGUUCAAAGAUUUUCAACGCAAAUGUGUUGUUAUAAUUCCGUCAGAAGAGGAAAUGAUUGCUCGACAAAUGAAGCAGUCACGUAUGGAUGGAGCUGGACCAAUACCCGUAGAAGCAAUGUUGGAACUUAAAGCGAUGUUGUCAAUACCAAAUGUUGAAAUGGAACCGAUUGAAGAUGUUUUUUUCGUGGAGCCAUCACUGGAACGAAUUGGCGAUGCUAUAGAUCUCGUCCUAAGAUUCAAUGAGGAGGCUCGCCCGUGGUGUCAGAAGCGACGAAGCCGACGGGGGGAACCAUUGCGGCAGAAUGAUUCAAGGCUGGUGAAUAAUUCAAAUGUUCGAAUAUCCAAUGACAUUUCCUCAACCACAACGAACGCAAUUGUUCACGAAGGUAAUCAAUUAAACGGACAACCAUCGCCAGCAGAGACGAGAUCAAAUGAGAGCUAUUGCGGUUUCGAUCGAGAGCCGCCACCAUCAUUAACAUUUUCCACAGCAUCUUCUUGGGCAGAGCGUAAAAGUGCAUCCAUCAGUUAA